GUUCCUUAGGUCAGGCCGAUGACUGUAUCCGUUUUGGCUCAAACCGUUCGGAUCAGGCCAUGUGGCCCAUGCGCCCCAGGGAGAGGCGCCAGGGAAACGCUGGCGGCCUCACCCCGCCGGGCUCCCCCCCCGCCCGCGGCGGGGAUGCUCUACGCCCUGGCCCGGCGUGGCUCGGCGCUGUGGUCGAAGCACCCCCGGGCCAUGAACCUUGCCACGGGGUUCGGCCUCGGUGCCGCCGCGGACGCCCUGUGCCAGCUGGCGGUGCAGAAGCGUCCGGAGAUGGACUGGACGCACUUCAGGGCCUUCGUCGGCUACAUGGGCGUGUACCAGGGCGUGGUGGUGCAGUACGUGUACGCGUCGUACAAGUACUUCCUACCGGCGGCCCUCUUGGCGACGCCGCUGCGGUACGGCAUAGGAUGCACCCUGCUGGAUUCGUUUGUGCAUUGCCCGUUUCUGUACACGCCAUCCUAUUACAUCUCUGUGAACCUUCUUAGAGGCAGCACUUGGCAGGAGGCCGUCGACGACCUGAGGGCCAAUUACAAAGUUACCCAGCAGCUCUGCGUGUGCUUUUGGCUCCCUGUGAUGGCCUGCAACUUCGCGCUGCUGCCGGGUAACUUAGUCACCUUUGCGAUGCAGGUACAGAAUCUGAUUUGGUCCGUCAUCUUGGACUACACAUCGGCUACAAUGGGUGAGGUGGAUGCUUACACCGUGCUUUCGACCAUCUCGGCGAGCGUGAUAAAACCAGUCUCGAGACUGUGUUGAGAGGCGCAGACGUUGCCACGAAUCUUCUUCGAGAGGGUCACACGGUGAGGAGGCGGUCUAACCAAAAGCUGAGUUCUGCCAUCAA